AUGUUCAGCUCUCCUUUCGUUCCCAAGAUUUCAAGAAAGAUGCAUUCCAUCCUAGCAUACAUUCUCGCACUAGGCCUAGCAGCGCAAGCCAUACCCAUAGAAGAUCGCGCCGCAGGACCAGCAGUAAAAAUCCAGAACGGUACCGUGGUUGGAUCCUCUUCCCUUGGCGUCGACAGCUUCAAAGGCAUACCUUUUGCCGAACCACCAACAGGCACCAGACGGCUCAAGCCACCGCAGACCGUGAGCGCUACUUUCGGCACCCUACAAGCUACUGCCAAUCCUCCGGCAUGUCCCCAGUUCUUCUCACAGACGAAUACGUCGAGCCUCCCGUCUGAUGUCCUCGGCGAGCUGGCCAACACGCCGUUGUUCCAGGCUAUAGACAGUCAGAGCGAGGACUGUCUGUUCAUCAGUGUACAGAGGCCCGCUGGUACGGCUAGUAAUGCCAAGCUACCCGUGCUCUUCUGGAUCUUUGGUGGUGGCUUCGAGUUUGGUUCUUCGGGGAUGUAUGAUGGCUCGAAUAUCAUCACAAAGAGUGUCUCGCUCAACGCACCGGUGAUUUAUGUGGCUGUGAGCUACCGUGUUGCAGGCUUUGGCUUCCUUGCGGGCAGCCAGCUCUCGAACGAAGGCUCAACGAACCUUGGUCUGCGAGAUCAGAGACUUGGUCUCCAGUGGGUCGCCGAGAACAUCGCUGCGUUCGGUGGUGAUCCUAGUAAAGUAACGAUUUGGGGUGAAUCAGCUGGUGCGAUCAGUGUCUUCGACCAGACCAUCAUCAACGGCGGUGAUAACACCUACAAAGGCCAGCCACUCUUUCGCGGUGCUAUUAUGGACUCGGGCUCCGUUACGCCAGCAGACCCAGUGACAGCACCGCAAGCACAAGCAAUCUUCAACACCGUCGCGCAGAACGCUGGAUGUGGCGGCAGCAGUGACGUGCUUGCCUGCUUACGAGCAGCGCCCUACCAGAAAUUCCUCGACGCUACGACGUCCGUACCCGGCAUCUUCAGCUACAGAUCUCUUGAUCUGUCUUACCUACCUCGACCAGAUCCUCACGACAACUUCUUUAGUGUCUCGCCAGAAGUCGCUCUUGGGAAGGGUGCUUAUGCUAAAGUACCCGUCAUUAAUGGAGAUCAGCAAGACGAAGGCACAUUGUUCUCCCUAGGUCUAAGCAAUAUCUCCACCAACGCCCAAUUUACCGACUACUUCGCCUCCUACUUCCCAGGCAAUCCCAACGCUCACUCGGAUGUAGCUGGCCUACUGGCACAAUACCCAGACCAACCACUCCUCGGCCAACCCGCAGGCUCGCCCUUCAACACUGGAGCGCUGAACAAUAUCUACCCACAAUACAAACGCAUCGCGGCCGUCCUAGGCGACACAGUCUUCACCCUCACCAGGCGCGUAUACCUAAGCACCGUCAGCAAGCAAGUCAAAGCCUGGUCCUAUCUCAACACCUACUUCUACGGCACCCCGGUUCUAGGUACUUUCCACGCUUCAGACAUCCUCGUUGCAUAUGGCGAAGCAGGUUUGGAGGCUGGUAUCGAUGCGCAGACUGUGCAGCAGUACUAUAUAUCCUUUGUCAAUCACCUGGAUCCUAAUGCUCUAGGCACGGCUACGCCAUUGAUCCAGUGGCCGCAAUGGAGUAAUACCGGCGGAACUCCGCAGUUGGUGGAUUUCGCUGCGGCGGGGCUGAGUCUGACACCGGAUACCUUUAGGAGCGGUGCCUAUGAUUAUCUGGCAACGCGUACUUCGAACUUCAGAGUUUAG